UUCAUUACUUCAUUCAUCCAUUUUCUUCUAACACAAGCAACUAAAUCAAUCCUCUCUUGUUGAAUCAGAUCACCAAAGCACAGCAGCAAAAUGGGUAUAUGCAAUUCUUGCGAAUCUACAUCAGUAGCUACAGCAAAAUUAAUACUACAAGACGGAAGAUUACAAGAAUUCUCUUAUCCUAUAAAAGCUUCAUAUCUCUUACAAAAAGAUCCAAAUAUCUUUAUUUGCAAUUCAGAUGAAAUGGAGUUUGGAGAUAUUGUAUCAGCCAUAAAAUCUGACGAAGAGCUUCAAUUGGGUCAACUGUAUUUUGCUUUGCCUUUGAACCGGCUGAAACGUAAGCUUAAGGCGGAAGAAAUGGCUGAGUUAGCAGUGAAGGCUAGUUCUGCAUUGAAUAGUAUUUGUGGUAAAGAGAAAUGUGGGUGUCGUAAUAAAGUUGAUUUAUUUUCAGGAGAGAAAGAUGGUGGGAAGUUAGGGAAGAAGGUGGCGGGUGGCGGUGGUUCGACGGUGGCUGAGGGGAGAAGAGGGAGGAGGAGUAGUGGUGGUGGCGGUGAUGGGCGGAGAGGGAAGUUCACGGCGAGGUUGAGUGCAAUACCUGAGUAGGAUAAAUUCUUGGGCAUUUUCUUUUUCUGAAACACUACUACAAAACUAGCAUUUUUUCUCCAAAAAUUUCUUUGGUCGCAAAAGUCAACAAAAAUAAAAUAGAAAUUAGUAGUGUUGGUGGUGGUGGUGAUGAACCGAAUUCGGUUGGAAAGAACUUGUUAUAACAAAUUAAAAGUAAUGGAAAUUAGACCCACAUUUUAAUAUUCACUAGAUUAGAAUCUGUUGAUGGGUGAAGCUUGAGAUUAGAGUGUUUAAACAAAAAUCUGAGUCUUUGGUCAAAGCUAGAACGAAGAGAAAUUCGGGUUACUGAUAAUCAGAAGACGAAAAGAAUAAAAGAUUUUUGAGAACGAUGAAAAAGCAGUAAAUAGCUUUGAAUUUCAGUAAAGUCUCAGUAAUCUUCCUCUUUACAGAUGUCGAGUCCUUCUCAUUUUAUAGUUGAUUCUAGGAGAAGGUGUAAUGUCUUUGUCUUAAUGAGGUAAUUAUGAGCAAUAAAUGACACUA